GAGCUUCAGUACUCGUGCCAUAUUUCCCCUCUCGACUAGGAUAUUCUUUCACAUUCCUGAUGACUGAUACUAAUGAUUCUUCAGAAGCUUCUCUCCUUCCUCCGGAUUCGAGCCUUGCAACUAAUGCUUUCACGGGUGACCAAACCGUCCCUCCCAGCAGCUAUUCGCAGGGGACCAAGAAUAGUCGAGCCCGGCCCCACAACAACCGUGGGCGCGGUGGCAGCAGCAGCAGUUCGUGCUCCAAAAGGAAGAAACAAGACCAGGGCAGAACGGCGUAUAAGUAUGUCAGAGUUGGUCUUCCACCGGGGGGGGCUUGUCCACAGUGUAAUGACUAACAUCUCUCCGGUUCACUAGGCGCAAUAGAGAUUCUAAGUGGGAGCCUAGGAAUGCUGAGGCUGUGAGCGUGAAGGGAGGAGGGGAAGAUGGAGAGGGAGGAGGGAAAGAGGAAAGGAGGCCUAAGAAGAAGGUCGCCGUGCUGAUUGGGUAUUGUGGGACAGGGUAUCGGGGGAUGCAGUUGAAUCCUCCGCAUAAAAGUAUUGAGGGAGAUUUGUUUGAGGCUUUCGUACAGGCCGGGGCUAUAUCUAAAGCUAAUUCGGAUGACCCUAAAAAGGUUUCCUCAUCCCACUUUUAUAUCGCUCUAGUAAUUGGGGUCUUACUGAUUUGCAAAGUCGUCGCUGGUUCGAUGCGCACGUACAGAUAAAGGUGUCCAUGCCGCCGGAAAUGCCAUAUCGUUAAAACUCAUCAUUGAGGACCCUGAUAUCGUCCAGAAGAUAAAUUCUCAUCUCCCUGAGCAGAUCAGGGUCUGGGGGAUCGUUCGUACAGUUGGAUCUUUCAGCUCAUAUCAGCAAUGCGAUAGUAGAAGAUACGAGUAUCUGGUUCCGUCACAUUGCUUUCUACCACCGCAUCCGAAGAGUUAUUUGGCCAAGGUCUGUAGUAAAGUGGCUGAGGGAGAGGGCGACUUGGAGGGUUUCCUGAAAAGAAACGAAGAAUGCGAUGGAUGGUGGGAAGAGGUCAACAAGAAGAUCUACCAGCAGCUGGGUGACGUGGAUAAGGAAGUUCUUGAUAAAGCGUUGGAAUAUGAAGUCAAAUCUGGGGCUGCGAUUGAGCACAAGGAGAGAAUGGGUAGUCAGGAGGAAGCAGUAGACAAUCCGGAUAUCGAUCUGAAUGUGCCUCUUGCAGAAGACGCAAUAGGUGGUGAAAUAAAUGUUGGGGCUAGGUUAUGGAGGAAAAUCGGGGCCGUAUAUCGCGCUGAGAAGAAGACCUACCGAAUAUCUCCUCAGAGGCUACAAAAGGUCCGAGAAGGGUUUAAGUCUUAUGAAGGGACCCAUAAUUUUCACAAUUUCACGAUUCAGAAAACCUUCAAGGAUCCUAGCUCUAAGAGGUUUAUCAAGUCAUUUGAGGUAAGCAUAUGAUUUAAAUGGUUGGCGUUGACUGCCGCUGAUCUCCACAGGUGCUGGAUCCAGUCAUUAUCAAUAAUACUGAGUGGUUGUCCCUGCGUGUUCACGGCCAAUCUUUUAUGAUGCACCAAAUCCGUGAGUUACCCCAAGACGAAGUGGAUUUUCCCAAAGCUAACAGGUCGAGAAGGCAAGAUGGUUGGCAUGGUAAUAAUGGUCGUCCGGACCGGGUGCCCCCUCGAGCGUAUCAAGGAAGCAUGCGGACCUCGAGUAGUACCAAUACCAAAAGCACCCAGCCUGGGACUUCUUUUAGAAUCCCCAGUCUUUGAUGCUUAUAAUAGGAAGGCUGAACGAGACUUUCAAAAAGAGCCUAUAGACUUCUCUAAGCAUGCCAAAGAAAUAGGUGCCUUCCGAGAUAAAAUGAUAUAUACCAAACUGUUUGAGGAGGAAGAGAGAGCUCACGUGUAUGUAAAUACGCUCUGAGACAUGUCCCCCGACUAUCAACGGCUAACAUUUACUAGAUAUACACAAUUCGUCCAUUUUAUUGACUCGUAUAGGUCACCACUGUUCCACUACCUUUCGUCUGCUGGACUGAAGGCACUGGAUGAGGUAGGGGAGGAGCAGGGUGCUAGAGCGAUGGGCUUGCAACUAUUACCCGAUAACGAAUCUGAGGAUGAGGACGCUGUCAAAUCUGCCGAAGCUGGAUAGAUAGAUGGUUUAGGUAAAUAGCGGUUGGCGUUUGUAUAGUAGAGAUAAUCUAGUCAUAGACCGUGAGAAGUACUGGGUAUGAUAGGUGCAAUUUCUCGGUGCGAUAUAGGUUUUAGAGGGUGCCUCGGAUGGUAAGUUCGAGAGGAUACGCCCGAGGCCCAAAACUCAGGGCCAAAAGCGAGUCAGGGUUUAUGAUCGCAGGGUCCGCCAAGCCAACACCCGUCACGUGCUGAUU